AUGGUGAGGUGGGACAAGAGAAGAACGCGUAUUGUGCUCAUCAGUAUCUUAUCAAGUAUAAUCAUCUUCAGUUCAAUCAUUGCUGUGAGGAAUAACCAUCAUAAGGCUGCUAUCGAGUAUUUAGAUAAGAUCACAAGGUUGAAAGUGCUACAGACAUUGUAUCCAGAUCAGUAUUUCAAUAAGGAUAAUUACACGGAUUUCCAGUUUUUAGAUCCAAGUACUUUUAAUAUCAUAAGACCUAAAUUAGAUGAAGAACAAAAAGAGAAUGGAAAUGACAAUGAAGCACAAUCACCAGAAUAUGAACGUGAGAAUGCAAGUUUCUUCUCUCUGGUGAGAAAUGAAGAAUUGCAUUUAAUGUUACAAUCAAUCAAUUAUGUAGAGGAAAGAUUCAACAAGAAGUAUAAUUAUCCAUGGAUUUUUGCAAAUAAUGUUCCAUUUAGUGAUACUUUUAAAAAGGAAGUUUCAAAUCUUGUGAGUGGUAAAACUACAUUUGUCACUAUACCAAAAGAAUAUUGGUCAUAUCCUGAAUCAAUUGAUCAACUUCGAGCUGCAGAGACUCGUGAACGAAUGAUUAAAGAAAAUGUUAAAUAUGGUGGUUCAGAAUCUUAUAGACAUAUGUGUCGUUUUAACUCAGGGUUUUUCUAUAAGUUGAAAGAAUUACAAAAUUUGAAAUAUUAUUGGAGAGUUGAACCGGAUAUAAAAUUUACUUGUGAUAUAAAUUAUGAUCCAUUUAAAUUCAUGAGAGAGCAUAAAAAGAAAUAUGGUUUUACAAUGGCUUUACAUGAAUUACAUAGAACUGUUUAUGGGUUAUUAGAGGCAACAAAGGAAUUUUUCCAUGAAAAACAUCCAGAUUAUAUUGCAAAGGAUAAUACAAUCGGUUUCAUAACUAUGGAUAAUGAAGAAACUUUUAAUAUGUGUCAUUUUUGGUCAAAUUUUGAAAUUGGUGAUUUAGACUUCUUAAGAUCAAAACAAUAUGAAGAAUAUUUCCAACAUUUAGAUUCAAAAGGUGGGUUUUUCUAUGAAAGAUGGGGUGAUGCACCAAUUCAUACUUUUGCAGUUGCUUAUAUGUUGAAUAAAGAAGAGUUACAUUAUUUUGAUAAUACUGGUUAUUAUCAUGUUCCUCAUACUCAAUGUCCGAAAACUACUGAGAAAAGAGAAGAAUUACGUUGUAUUUGCUCUCCAGGGAAAGAUUAUAAUUGGGGUAAUAGAGAUAGUUGUUUACCUCAUUAUUAUGAUUCAAUUGGUGAGCCAAGACCUGCUUUUGCUCCAAGAAAAAAUUAUAUUACUGAAAAGGAACAUCCUUUCAAAAAGAGAGAACUUGAGCAAGAUGAUACAAUAGAGGAAAGAGAUUUUGACGAUGAAGAAGAUAACGAUGAUUAUGAAGACUUCACAGAGUGA